CAUGUGUUUUUUUGGAAUGAGAUAAUUAUCUCAGGCAAGCAUGGAGGAUUAAUGUGGGAUAGAGUCCUGUCUGAAGAAGAAAUCAGGGGAACAUCAAAUGUUGGCAUUCCUACAAAAAUAACUAAGGAGUUGUUUGCACACAAGCCUACAGAAAUUGAGGUUAUACUUCCAGAUGGAACCUGGACAAAAUGGGGGAUUACUUGGCAUGAUAUGUUCCCAACAAAAGGAACAUUUGAUCAAGGGUGGCAGGAAUUUCAUAAUCAAGAAUUUGAUAACACAUGCUUAGUGGGAGGAGAACAUCACUUCAUCAUGUGGAAGAGGAAUGAAGAAAACACUUAUUGUGUCCAAGUUGACCACUGGCUUUCGAAGAGAGAACAUGAUCAGCAGCAGAACUAACUUUUCAUCUGAGAGAACCAGUGGGUGGACAACUAUAAGGUUCAAGUGGCAAAAGAUUACUGGGUUCAACUUAGAAAUCCGCAAAUCAAGUUUGCUCUUAUUAUUUUGU